AUGCUGAAACUGAUAGAGGCAGAUGCGGAUUCUUUUGCUCAACGUGCAGAGAUGUAUUACAAGAAACGGCCAGAGCUAAUUAGCAUGGUUGAAGAUUUUUAUAGGGCCCACCGCUCGUUGGCUGAGCGAUACGAUCAACUUAAGUCUGACUCUGGUAACCGCCUCCUGGUAGCAACAUUUGGGUCACCAUUUUCAACCAAACAUAGACGUGAGAAGUUAAUGAGUGUGGAGAUUGAUCAAACCUAUGAUUGCCACUCCGAGACUUGUGACACUGAGGACUCUGCUGAGUCUGAAGUAGAUGAUCCUGAACAAGACCCAGAACAAGAUCAAAUUCAAGUUGAUGAAGAAUUGGAAGAAAUUGAGACACCUGAAGAGAAGAAAGAAACCCACACCGAGGAUUCUGCUGAGUCUGAAGUAGAUGACCCUGAACACGAUCAAAUUCAAGUAGAUGGAGAAUUGGAAGAAAUUGAGACAGCUGAAGAAAUGAAAGAAGCCCAUGUUGAGGACUUUGCUGAGUCUGAAGUAGAAGACCUUGAACAAGAUCAAAUUCAAGUCGGUGAAGAAUUAGAAGAAAUUGAGACACUUGAAGACAACAAAAAAACUGGAGUUGAUGAAGGAAUGAAACAUGCUGAAGUAGAAGACCUUGAACAAGAUCAAAUUCAAGUCGGUGAAGAAUUGGAAGAAAUCGAGACACUUGAAGACAACAAAAAAACUGGAGUUGAUGAAGGAAUGAAACAUGCUGAAGUUCGUUCCAUGUACAAUGCUGAAGUGACAAAGUUGAAGGAAGAAAUAGAAAGGCUUGAGGAAGAGAAGAGGAUUUACAAUAAGUAUCUUUUGCAGAAAGAUGAGGAGAGUAGAGAACAAAAGAAAAAAAUCAGUGAAGAAAGGAGAGCAGCUGAGAUUUCAAGCAUUGUGUACAACGCUGAAGUGAUGAAGCUGAGGGAAGAAAUAGCAAGUUUUAGGGAAGAGAAGACAAUUAGCAAGAAUCUUUUGCAGAAACAUGAGGAGAAGAAAGAAGAAAAGAAAGAAAAUGUUGAAGUGAUGAAGUUGAGGGAAGAAAUAGAAGGAUUUGGAGAAGAGAGCAGGAUUUACAAGGAGCAUCUUUUGCAGAAAGAUGAAGAGAAGCGGGAAGCAAUAAGACAGCUUAGUUUUGCAGUUGAAUUGUUGAAGUUAGAGAAUGAGAAGCUGAGGAAGUGGGUAGCGAACCAAAAAAGAAGCCAUUUCACAGUCGAGAAGCUGAAGGAUGUAUUUCGUGGAAAGCUUUUUAAUGGAUCUUCAUAG